CUCAGCCAAAAGAAAGCUAGAACAGAUGAAGGUUAUAUAUUUCUUCAAGAAUCCGGAAGAUCCCCUUUCUCGUUAUCCCUUUUCGACGAACCAUGAUUUUUAUCCAAUUUUCAUAAACCCUUUUCACGUUCACUAUGAUGUCGACGAUAAUCCCACAAAUUGUCACCAAAAUCACAGAUUAUAAAACCCCAAAACGAAUAACCUUUUACCCUACAAAAUCACCAGAACCCACGAAUUCUUUCGCGAGGAGAUACGUUUGUUGUUAUCAUCGACAAGUGUUUAAUGUUGGUUUUAAUUCCAGUAGUAAAUUGUCAUUGAGCGAAGGUAGAUAUCGGUUUGAUGACAAGAUAACGAAGAAGAAGAACAAGAGGGCAGUUCUUGUAAGGUUUAAUAAUCUUGGAUUCAAUGGUGGUGCCGGCGGCGGUGGUGGUGGAGGAGACGACGGCAGCACAGGAAGGGUUUUGGGUAAUCUUGCUUUGGCUGUUGGCCUGACUUAUCUUUCAUUCACCGGCCAACUUGGUUGGAUACUUGAUGCCAUUGUUUCCGUUUGGCUUCUUGUGGUGCUUGUUCCGAUUGUGGGUUUUGGGGUUCUUGUCUGGUGGGCAGGAAAAGAUAUGGUUCAAAGCGAAUGCCCGAAUUGCAGAAAUGAAUUUCAGGUUCCUAAAUCGAUAUUAAAUGAUGAGCCACAGCAGUGUCCCUAUUGUAGUCAACCUUUUUCAGUGGUGGGUGACGAGUUUGUAAGGGAUCCCAUGAAAUACUCCAACCAAUCUACGACGUUUGGUGAAGCAUUCAAUGACUUAUCUUCUCGGUCAAAAAAAGGGAAGGCUUCAUCUCGAGCCAUUAUUGAUAUUGAAGCCGAGGUUACAGAUGUCGACUGAGGUGAUAUCGACCCUACUCGUAGAAAUUCUAAUGAAUAUAUGUAUCAUAACGCUUCUUUUUGUUAAGUCGUCGAUGUAUAGAAUUGCAUACUUUUGUCUCGAAACAACAUGAGAUCAUUUGCCAUCC